AUGACUGUGCGGACCUCAGCAGCUGUGCUGCGGUGUACGCGGCCGCUGCUGGUGUACAAUAGGUCCGGUGGCUACCGCUGGAGUCCCAUCCCGAAGUCACCUCCCCCGCACUACGAUCGGCUCUACGGUGUCCACUCGGUACUAAACACGCUGCGGGUGGCGGCGCAGCGGCGGCAGCAGCAAAACAUCAACCCACACCGAGAGGCGGCGGACACACUAGGCUCCACCUCUGCAGCUAAAACUACGCCCUCCGUUGCUCUUCAUGAUGUCCAUCAGUCGUCUACAGUGGCAGUGCCUGCGCCGCCACUUCACCCGCAUCGCGCACAUCUUGCCUGUCUUUACGUUCGUGAUUUCAGCAUGGAGGAGGGUGGGGGGCGCGCAGUGAAGCUCGGCGAUGACAAUGCCGACGACGACGCUGGAGAUGAUGGGGUGAGCAGCACCAACCCUUUGUCCCUGCCGGACAAGCCGAGUCACCGCCCGGAGCGAGAACGUCGCGCUUGCAGGAAGAAGGUCAUUCCUCCUCGCUACACGGCGGUGCGCUGCAUCACGACCUUGGCGAAGUCGUUGAAGGUUCCUGUGCGGUUCGUGCCACGCGCGGAGCUCGUGCAGCUCUGCGGGGAGCGGCGAAACCAAAACAUCGUUCUCGAGGCGUCAUCGUACAAGCCGCAGCCUAUCCGGCACCUGGGCGAGAUCUGGGGGGCAGAGGGCGGGGCGUCAACGACCACAGGCGUUGCCUCCACUACCACAGCGGUUGAGUCCAGCGCACACGGCGUGCGCAGCCUCGAGGGUGCCGCUGGCCUCGUCACCGUGCUCUUCCUCGAGCGCAUCAUCGACCCCACCAACGUCGGGGGCAUCCUUCGCACGGCAUUUUUCUUUGGAGUCGAUCACGUGGUGCUGAGCCGCCAGUGUGCGACUUGCACGGCAGCCGUCUCGCGCACAAGUACAGGUUUUCUGGAGCAUCUAUGCGUCUAUCGCGCCUCCACAUCCUCCGCCGCCUUCCUUCGGGCCUCGCAGGAAGUCUGGGCUUUGAGAGGGUCGUCCUCGGCGUCCGUCACCGCUGUCAGUGGGCUAGAAAUUAUUGCAAGUGCGGUGGUGUCGUACCCAACGGCGCAGCGACGCGGCGCGAGUGAGGGCGCGCCGGUGUUGCCGUCUGUUGCCUCCAGUGAUUCGGCACCGUCCGAGGUGAGCGUCGAGAACGGCAACGACAACACACGCGCCUGCGCCCAGCAACCUCAUCCGUGUCUCCCUGCUGUGCGUGUGUUGCUGCUUGGCAACGAGGAUGCCGGCUUGCCGCCCGAUCUCCUACAGUGGUGCACGCACGUGGCGCACGUCCGCUCUCCACGGCACGCGCGUCUGCGUCACACGCGCACCAGCACGCAGGGUGGGUGGCACAGGGAGGGGCCAGAGGCGUGGGACGCCGAUGUCGAAGUGGAGGUGACCGACACGCAGCUCUCCACCACCUCCUGUGACAGCGCCGCCGUUGCAUCCGCAGCUUCAGCUGAGGGGUUCGAUAAGCACCAACACAACCUGCGCCGCUUGGCACGCCUACGCGGUAAAGAGGUGUCACUGAACGUCAACACCGCCACGGCAGCGCUGCUGUCCGCCUUGUGCGGGGUGGAGAGGCCGCUGGGGAAUGGUGGCAGUCAGGUGGGGUUGGUCGACGUGCAGCCGCUAUGCUCACCGUGGACUCCCCUUCCCCCUCUCUGCCCCUCUCCCCUCACCAGUCACCAGAGUAACUCCCGAGUAGCGCCGCUCUAA